AUGUGGGUACAAAUGGCUGUUAAUAAAAUUCAGUAUGAAAAUUCUGAAAGACGUGAAGAAAUUGUAGAAACCAUUCAAACUAGUGGUCGACAAUUUGAACAAUUGGCCAUCGAAGUUGAAUGUGCUGGACAAUUGUUCAAGGAGCUCAAUUUGGAAUUCAAUCGAUCCAUUGGCAUCAAUUUAUAUACAAAAAAAGUAUUUCAAGUAAAUGGAAUAACAAGUCAAUCAUCUGGUAAAAUUAUUGAACGUAAUGUUGGAAAGAUGAAUGGUGUUAAAUUGGUUAAAGUUUUAUUAAAUGAAAAUGAAGCACAUGUUGAAUUUGAUCAUGAUAAAAACAACGGAACAAGCUAUUAUUGA